GACGAGCGCGCGCGAUGAGCAUCGUCCCUAAGGAGACGAUUCACGUCAUCGCGCAGAGCAUUGGCAUCAGCAAUCUCCACGAUGAUGUCGCCGCGGCGCUUGCGCCGGAUGUCGAGUAUCGGAUGCGCGAGAUCAUGCAGGAGGCGAUCAAGUGCAUGCGCCACUCGAAGAGGAGCGUUCUCACCACCGACGAUGUCAAUACGGCCUUGAGCUUGAGAAAUGUAGAGCCACUCUAUGGAUUUGCCUCUGGAGAUCCAUUGCGCUUCCGGAGAGCUGUUGGUCACUCUGAUCUGUUCUUCAUAGAUGAUAGGGAGCUCGACUGUAAAGAGAUCACCGAGGCUCCUUUGACGAAAGCACCUCUAGACACGGCCGUCAUGGCUCACUGGCUAGCAAUAGAGGGAAUACAACCCGCCAUCCCCGAGAACGUUCCCAUUGAUCCUCUUUCAGCUCCGCCGGAAGUGAAGAAAUCCGACAUUCCUGGAUUGAAGCCUGAUCAGAUGACAGUGGACCUAAAGCUUCCUGUCAAACAUGUUCUUUCUAGAGAACUUCAGCUAUACUUUGAGAAAAUCACGGAGCUUAUUGUCACUGGCGCCGACGAUGUGCUACUAAAAGACGUCUUUGCAAGUUUGGCGACUGAUUCCGGUUUACACCCUUUGGUACCAUACUUCACGCAAUUUAUUGCAGACGAGGUAACACGGGGGCUUAAUGACUUGCCGCUCCUUUUCUCUCUGAUGCGCGUUGCUCGCAGCCUGCUACUGAAUCCACACAUCCAUAUCGAGCCUUAUCUCCAUCAGUUGAUGCCAUCUGUGGUGACGUGCCUCGUUGCAAAGCGCCUGGGUGGUAAGAAUUUCGUCAACCAUUGGGAGCUCCGGGACUUCACAGCCACACUUAUUGCCUUCAUAUGCAAACGCUUCGGUCAUGCGUAUUAUAACUUGCAAACGCGCGUGACCAAAACUUUACUCCACGCCUUCUUGGAUCCGAAACGGGCAAUGACACAACAUUAUGGUGCUGUGAAAGGAAUCGCAGCUCUUGGCUCAAAACUGGUGCGGCUAUUGAUUCUUCCCAACCUGGAAGUAUACAUCAACUUGCUCUUGCCAGAAAUGUCUUCCCAAGAUCAAGCAAACGAGCUAAAAAGAUACGAAGCCAUCAGAGUCUACGGAGCUCUUCAGGCGGCGGCUGGAAACUGUAUAUAUGAAAUGCUCCAGUCCGCUCCUCCCUCAAAGAAGAAACCAGCUAACAACAAGUCUCAAUCAACAACACGCAAAGAUGUCGACGGGGACGCAUCAAUGCACGAGGAAGACGGGGCCGACGACAAGGACGAAGGCGUGAAGAGGCGGAGGAGAGCUUUGUCGGAGGCGUGGAAGGAGGAUGUGGAGGUGGGCGAUCUCAUUAACUCACUGGUUGAUCUGUUUGGCGAAGGAAUGCUACCGUUCAUACCGAUGCGAGAGAUGAGUAAAUGCAUCUUGUGACAGUACGAGAGGUAAAGGAGGAGGAUUGACUAGGAAGGAAAUUCUUUCGUAGCGUUGGUUUUAACUCUUGUCAGGGAAAGAAGUUGAUGGUAGCAAGAAAGAGAAUUCUUUUCCUUC